CAUGUGGAAAACACAAAACGUGUCCGUUUGCUGCGUGCUGUAGUCGCAAGAGCAGCAGCAUGGCUUCAUCUGCGAAGAGGCGAGCUAUUGAAACCGGAGUAAAUGCCCAGGAUAGUGGCGAAAGCUCAGACGAGGGACUGGAGGAGUCUGGCGAUGAAUACAGUGAAAAUUCAGAAGAAGAGAUAAACGAGGAGGUGAUCGUAGACUUUGAAGCACACACGAUAUCUAACAAUGACUUCCAUGGCAUUAAAACUCUUCUGCAACAGCUGUUCCUGAAGUCUCACGUGAACACCUCUGAUCUCACUGACAUCAUCAUUCAACAGAAUCACAUUGGCAGCGUCAUCAGGCAAGCGGAGGUACCAGAGGACAGUGAUGAUGAAGGUGAUCCAGAUGAGGUGUUUGGAUUUAUCAGCAUGCUGAAUCUCACAGAGAGACAAGGUGUGGAGUGUUUGGAGAAGCUCAAGGACAUGAUUCUAGAGCAAUGUGUGAAAUCCUGCUCUGCAGAUGUUCAAGAGAAGUUUGAAGAACUUCUGCUGGGUAACGCUCACUCGGUUGGACUACUGCUGAGUGAACGUUUCGUUAACGUCCCUCCACAGAUCGCCCUGCCCAUGCACAAGCAACUGCAACAGGAAAUGGCUGAAGCACAGCAGACCAAUAAACCCAGUGGUAAAUGCCAGUUCUGUCUGAUGAUCAGCAAAACCUGUAAACCAGCGAAGAAGAGUAUAUCUGGUCAAAGUCAACCCAAAGAUGAGCUCACAUUUGUUAAUGAUGAAGAGGAGUUCUUUUAUGAGCAAGCCACACUGAAGUUCAGCUACUCCGUCCAGGACGAGGCAGAUUCCUGCGCGACAGGAAAGUGGUCACACGAUGACGUUCCUAUGAAACCGUUCCGCACUGUGAUGGUGAUUCCGAUGGACAGGAUGGGAUCCAUCAUGGAUAAAAUGACCGAAUAUCUGACCGUGUGAACCGCUCCAAACACCAACUCUGCUCUUCUUGUGGUUUAUCUUUAAACAGAGUUGUGAUGACGUGUUUCACGUGAACUCUUGGGUUUUCACACCUCCAUUUCAAUGCGACUUUAACCAACCGGUUUGACAUAAAUCUCCUGCAAACAGUGAAAUAAUUUAUUCAUUCUGUACAUAAUCAAUUGAAAUUACCCACAAAAUAAAUGACCCAAACAGGA